UCUCUCUCUCUCUCUCUCUCUCUCUCUCUCUCUCUCUCUCUCUCUCUCUCUCUCACACACACACACACACAAAGGAUCUUCCGCAAUACCCGACACCAAGUGGAAUGGAAUUUAUUCCCUUCGUGCCGCAGUUGUGAAAAUGGAUUGGAAGAUUCUUAGUUUUCUGAUAUAAAACGCGGAUCCUGUGUUUUUUUCUUCAGUUUAUUCAUUUAUUAAUUUAUUUGUCUUGAACUCUCCACACCACCGAUUUUGGUCUGUAGCUGGAUGAGGAGAUGGACACCCCGGCAAAUUCAGAAAAAUCUCAUCUCAUCAACGAAAAAAACGAAAAAAUGUACUCUCUAAAUCUGAAAAGUGAAUUUCCAGGUUCCAAUGAAAGCUACCCAAAUCUGCCUUUUGAGAAUGGGGACACUGCUGGAGCCAUUGAGUUGAAGAGGCCCACUGGAACCCAUUGCCAUGGGAAAAAAACAGCCUGGGAAGAGAACAGAGAGAAGCUAGUUGCUAAGAAGAAGCUUUACAUUGCCUCCAUAGUCUGCCUGGUCUUCAUGAUUGGAGAGGUCAUUGGUGGCUAUCUAGCCCAUAGCCUGGCCAUCAUGACAGAUGCAGCACAUUUACUGACUGAUUUUGGCAGUAUGAUGGUUAGCCUCUUUUCCCUCUGGAUCUCCUCUCGUCCUCCCACAAAGACUAUGAAUUUUGGCUUUCACAGAUCAGAAAUUUUGGGGGCGUUCAUAUCCGUAAUGUCCAUCUGGAUCGUUACUGGGGUGUUGGUUUACCUUGCCAUUGAGCGGAUUGUGAAGAAUGAUUAUGAAAUCGAAGGUCAUGUGAUGCUUCUCACCUCAGGGUGUGCUGUUGUGGUCAACAUCAUAAUGGCAUACAUCCUUCAUCACUCUACAACGUUCCAUGGUCAUGGCUCAGGUUAUCACAAGAUUGAUGAAAAUGGAAUGAGUCCUGUGGGCCAUGGCCACUCCCACAGCCUUCUGAGUGGUCACGGAAACACCAGUGUCAGGGCUGCAUUUAUUCAUGUGUUAGGAGACCUCCUACAGAGCUUUGGAGUACUGGUAGCUGCCAUCAUAAUCUACUUUCGGCCUGAAUACAAAGUAGCUGACCCCAUUUGCACCUUUCUUUUUUCUGUGUUUGUCCUGGGGACCACCAUCACCAUCCUCAGGGAUGUGUUCCGCAUUCUAAUGGAGGGAGCACCCAGGGGCAUUGAGUUUAACUCUGUGAAGGAGGUGCUACUGUCACUGAAAGCUGUGAAGGCCAUACACAGCCUGCAUUUGUGGGCCUUAACUGUUGGCCAGAGCUUGGUUUCUGUUCAUGUGGCCAUUGAGGAAAAUGCAGAUCAUCAAAGUGUCCUAAAGGAAGCCACUGAGCUCCUACAGACAAAGUUUGGUUUCUACAGCACCACUAUCCAGAUAGAACCUUACUGUGAGGACAUGGCCUACUGCACCUUGUGCCAAGAUCCUGUGGACUAACGCUACCAUGCAAUCCUGAAGAAGAAUCCUCGUUUAAAGGGGGUCCCUGUGGAUAUGAAAACACUUUUUUGCAUUUUUUUUCUAUUUAGGCGUAUUAAUUUGGCAUUAAUUCCAUGACAAACAUAAGGCUAAAACCCUACAUAUGAGCCCUAAAGUUGAUUAAUGAAACAUUUAUUUCAUCACUAAAGACACUAAGUGUCUUUUCACCAAAAUAGAAAAGGGGUCAAGUCAUUGCACAACAUGAUGACAGAUCUCUUUUGUAAGGACGAUUUUGCUUCAAAACAUUUACAUUUUAACACACAGCAUAUACCUGUUCUUUUAGUUUAGCACUGCUUACCAUGAUCUAGAUUAGGUAUAAUAUAGUAUAGUAGGCAGCACAAUCCCUGUGUCCUUUCGCCAAUAUGUACAUAUUUUCAGUUCACAGUUCACAUUCAAUUAAUUUUCUGAACUAUGCAGAAAUAUAAAAAAAGCAAAGUAAUGUACAACAUGAGCUGAGACAACCACUUCAUAUUCAGUUUUUCUUUAUCUACCAUUUCCAUUACGUUCAUAAGACAAGUCCAUAUCAAGACCUAAAAUAACAGUUUCCAUUCAAUAAACAAACACUGUGUUUUGCUGCUCCAGUUACUGACACAUUCUACAGUGUUGUGCUGGUAAAAAAAAGGAUCCAUGUCAACUUGUCUGUCAGAGAACUCAAUAAUAGUGUCCUUUAACAUAGUGCAAUACCACUUAAAAUAGAAACAGGAUAUGUGUGGAGCUGUGAAAAGUUUGAAAGCCUGUUACGUAGGUGUAUGGAAACCUUGGUCCUUAACAAUAAUGUUAGUGCAGUUCUUUUCUUUACUAAAGCAAUUACCCAAGUAUCACAAAAUGUGCUUUCUGAUCCCCCAAUUAUGGAAAAUUGGAUCAUUUUUUUGUAUAUGUUGUAUUCUAUGAAGUCUAUGCACUAGACUAUAAAACAGUACUAUAUCACACUAUAUCAUAUCUUGUCCUGUUGACAUAAUAUAAGUGUUGUGUUUUUAGCCUGCUGCAUUGAUGAAAUUUUGUUGUAGUCUGCUCAGUAAAAAAUGUUGGCAUAUGGUAUAUGUGUACAUUUGUCUAAUGAGGCAAGGCUUGCAUGGGUGUUUUUAAAGGUAUGCUUUUUCAAGCCUAAUGAAAACUGCCAGUCACAGGAUUCUCUCCAAAUACGGGCCUCUUUUUGUCUUGCCCAAACAUUUUCAUUAUAUUCUAUAUUUACUCAUUUUUAAUAAACAUGUAUAAAAUAUAUAUGUAAAUAGGUUCAGCUAUAAAGCCAGGAGGAACAAAAUGCUAAAUAAAAAAUGGACCAACACUUAAAUUAGUAUAUUUUUGAUAAUUAGGUUGGGACCUGGGUUAACAAUACAUCACACAUACAUCUGUGAAUGUAUAUAAGAGAUCUUAAAAACCCUAAUUAGAAAAGCUACUUUUUACUUUUUACAGUAUGAACACUGCUGGUCUGAACAUAUUUUUAAAUAUUAGUUAAUAUCAUAUCACCUUAUAAUGGAUAUUAAUUAGGGAGAACAGAUUUCAGACAGCCACGCCAAGCUUUCAUACAUACAUUAAGUUUGUUAAAGCAUGUGUUAUUAAAGUCAUCUUACAAUAAUAUAUGGUGAAAAUAUUAAAAAAGCAAACCAUUGGCUGUUAUUUUGCACUACCAUAAAAAAACUAAAAGAAAAAGUAGAACUGCUUGGGAGACAGAGAGAAAAAAAUACAGAUUUUACAGAUUAAUAUUAACUAAAGGACAAACUGCAGCUAACCCACUACAAGAGGCUUUUAUUAAAGCAGUUCAAAUGAAUGUUGAUUUUCUGAUUCUGAUGUGUCUGUAAUUUUGUGUAAUGUGUCUCAUGUGAGCAUUGUUGUGUUUUUUUGUGGCUCAAAACUUUGUGAAUGUGUACAUAAAUUUGCUUACUGUAUAAAGUUGUCUAAGUCCAGAAUGUAUGUUUUAUUGUUUUGUUGCUUUUGUUGUUUUCUUGUAUGUUGUCAUGUAAUCAGUUACAACAGUGAUACUGGAUAAUUAACAUUUUGUUAGGUACAAUAAAAUUGUGAAUAAUUGCCCAAUACUGUCUAUGGAUUUGUUGCUUUAUUCUUCAAUAUAAAUCAGGUAAAGAUCUAACCAGCCUAAAAGUGUUUUAUUACUUAGUCAUUUU